GUUGACAUCACCGGGGAUGGUGACGCAGGCCCGGGGCAGGGGCGGAGCGUCCGGAGCCGUGUUUACCUCAGGAGCCGGCGGCGGCGCUUGAGUGGAGGGAUCCCGGUCCACAGUAGUUCCUCGUUUGUCUUCCUCCUCCUCCUCCUCUUUCACCGCCACCAUGUACCGGGCCCUGUACGGCUUCCGCUCGGCCGAACCCAGCUCUCUGGCCUUCGCCGCCGGCGAGACCUUCCUGCUGCUUGAGCGGAGCAACCAGCACUGGUGGCUGGUGACCCGGGCUGGUUCCGGGGAGACGGGCUACGUGCCGGCCUCUUACCUGCAGCGCCUACAGGUGCUGGAACAAGAUGUGGUUCUGCAGUCUAUUGACAGAGCUAUUGAGGCCAUUCAUAAUGCGGCAAUGAAGAAUGGGGGGAAAUACAACUUGGAACAGAGGGAUGUCCUCCAGAAGCUGAUCCAUCAUCGGAAGGAAACUGUUUCUCGCAAAAGUCACUCACCAUCCACUCAAGGGAUGACUCCAUCUUCCAGUGAUCAUCAUCUGGACUUAGCCAGGCAACCCAAUGGCAUCUGCAGGACUGGAUAUGAGCGACACCAUAGCUUGCCUAACACUGAUGCCCAAGAAGAUGAAGGUGAUCUUUACCAGGUCCCACCACAGCCACUCCGUGCUGCUCCUGUUACUCCCCCACCACCUGAGAAAUACAAAAAUAUGCAGAUGGCUGCCUCUGUUAAAAAUACAGUUGAAAUUGCCUCUGGGUCAGUUUCUAGUGCCUCCUCUGUAAGCACUUCUCUGGAUACAUUGUAUACUGGCUCAACAGAGUCUGCUCUCCCAACUGCUACUCCCAGCCACAGCAACACCCCUCCCCCUGUUCCUAGCAGAAGUGCCCACACCAUGGGAUCGCACAGCUUGGAUGUUAGCCCUGUUGGGCAAAGAAAGCAUGGGAGUGCAAGCAAAUCCCCCCUGAUCAAAAGGGCUGCACCACAACCACCCAUGCAAAUAGGAGCUUCAAAUGCAAAUGAUGACAAGAGCAUACAAGCCAAGGAGGUGGUGCUAGCUGCUCCUACAGGGACAGAAGAUUUUGACUCUCUUUGCCUAGAAGAUAAGAAGUCAGAUGGUUUAGAGGGUGCAGAUCAAGAAUCAUCUGGCCUAGUAGUAUCUGUGCCAAAGACAAUAGGUGCCGAAUUGAUUGAACUUGUCCGCAGGAACACAAAUCUCAGCUAUGAGCUCUCCCGGGUUGCCAUUGGUGUAGUAAUUGGUCAUAUUCAAACUUCUGUUCCUGCCACUAAUAACAUCAUGGAGCAGAUUCUCAUCUCAUUGGUGGAAAGCAAGGAUCUUUGUUCAGGACUGCCUUCUGGACAGAUUUGCCAUGAUGAACAGAGACUAAAGGUGAUAUUUGCAGAUCUGGCCCGCCAUAAAGAUGAUGCCCAGCAACGCAGUUGGGCUCUCUAUGAAGACGAAAAUGUCAUUUGCUGUUAUUUGGAGGAAUUGCUUCAUAUUCUGACAGAUGCAGAUCCUGAAGUCUGCAAGAAGAUGUGCAAGAAGAAUGAGUUUGAAUCAGUUUUGUCCCUUGUUGCAUAUUAUCAGAUGGAGCACAGACUCCCAUUACGGCUGCUGCUUCUGAAGUGUUUUGGAGCAAUGUGCAACUUGGAUGCUGCUAUUAUCUCUGCUCUGGUGAAUUCUGUCCUGCCAAUGGAGCUAGCUCGAGACAUGCAGACUCAUACACAAGACCAUCAGAAGAUGUGCUACUCUGCAUUGGUGCUGGCUAUGAUAUUCUCUAUGGGAGAACCACUGCCAUAUCAUCACUAUGAGCACCUCAACUCCCAGUUUGUGCAGUUCCUGUUUGAUGUAAUUGAAGAUGGGUUGCCAUCAGACACCACAGACCAGUUGCCUGACCUGUUCAUUAAUGUUCUUCUGGCUUUUAAUCUUCACAUUCCAGUUCCUGAGCAUAAUGUGAUCAUGGUUACUGUGAGCAAGCACCCCAAUGUCAAAACCUUCACAGAAAAGCUUCUCCUCCUCCUGAAUCGUGGAGAUGAUCCGGUGUGCAUCUUCAAGCACCAGCCACAGCCACCACACUCAGUGUUGAAAUUUCUGCAAGACACCUUUGCCAGCAAGGACACAGCAAACAUCUUCUACCACACAGACAUGAUGGUAAUGAUCGACAUAAUUGUGCGGCAGAUUGCGGAUCUAUCCCCUGGAGAAAAGCUACGAAUGGAAUACCUGUCUCUGAUGCAUUCUAUCAUUCGGUCUACGCCAUACCUGCAGCAUAAGCACCGUUUGACUGACUUGCAGGGGACCUUGCAACGUAUUAUGGUGGAAGAAGAAGAGAGUCAGCAGUGCCAGAUGGACAAAAUGAUAAUCCAAGAGAUCUAUAAAGAGUUUCCAGAAAUAUCUCCUGGAGCCAGCUAAUUGGUCCAGGGAAAGAACAAUUUGGGAUAAGAAUACCUCUUGUAGUUGUAUCCUUCCUGUCCCUUUUUCCAGUACUGCUCAUAUCCUAAGGCUUAAGAGGAGUGCUAUGAGGCCCUACAGAAGAAAUUUUCUCAUUUAUGGAAACCAUUGGGAAGUUUGUUAAAGAUGACCUUUGCCCACUUGUGGUGGGAGAGAACAAAACUGUUACAAAUAAGUGGAUUAGCAGUUGCAUUGAGAUGGUGUGCUUUGACAAGAUUAGGAUAAUUUUAUUACCUCCUUGGUUAUCUUUGCACAGGAGAGAGGACAGAGAGGCUUGUGACCUUGAGUGUCUUUGAGCUGUACCUAGGGUCCCAGAGCAAGAGGCCUCUGCCGUAAACAUCAAUUUCCACCUGCAUUUCUUGUCCUGUAGCUACCAAAUGGAGUAAGCCAGUGUUUGUAGCAAGCUUCUGUAACAUCUUGUCUGCUGUGUUUAAUGCAUAAGUGCUACAGUCUCAGCAAAGGAGCUGCUUGCUACUCUUAAUCCUGUGCUACAGUCCUAGCAAGGAAGCUGUUUUGGAGUGUGUCCAGUGAUCCUUUCAGUCCUCUCUUAAUGCACUGCUUGAUAUCUGGGUUACAGCAGCCAGACCUGCUUCUCCAAGGCCUAAUCUAAGCAAGCACCUGCUUCUCUUACUGUUUUAUGUAGUAGUGUUUGCACUUAAAUUUCUUGCACACUGCACCAGCAGAGGGAUCAUGAUUGUCCAGGCAGAUCUUCAAAAGAUAUUCUGCUUGGACUCACUGCUAAGGUGUGUCCUCAUUGAGAGUUAUUGCUUGUCACCUAUUAUGUGCUGGCCUCGUUGCCUGUGGCGCUGCGCAUACAAGGCCUGUGUAUCUGUAGAUGGCAGCACACACUCCUCUCCUUUCAGCCUGGGGGUGUUUCUUGCCUUGAGCUUAAUAGCAAUUGGUUCUGCCUAGCUUUAUCUUUUUAUGUCUUGAAGGCUGCUUAAGUCUUAUGUCUAAUAGCUCUGCUCCUUAAUAUGCACAAAUUGGGAGAGCUCCUUUUUCUUUAUCUAAUUCCUCCAGGUCCCCAGCAAAAUGGAUUUGCCUGCUUUCCUAUUUAGAUCUUUCAGACAGGCUCACCUACUAAUACGGGUGUGUAGUACCUUAGUAAACAUGCACACUGCCAAAGCUCUUUGCAGUGGGUAAACAAGAGCUUUUGCAAUCUUCGGUGUAGAAGUAGCUUGAAUUAAAACUGGAAAUAUUUUGGUAACCUCUAAAGCUAAUAUGAACCAAAUAAAUUAAUUGUCUUGGGCCAGGGCAUCUGCUUUGAUGUGAUGCCCAUGUAGGGAGCCACUGGUCAUUGGUUUUGAGCAGAUGAACAAAGCAUUACUUUGGGAGUCACUGUCUGAGACUAGUGAAUAGCCCUAUUUUUAAACAAAAUGUUUAAAAUAAAAAUCAUUGUGAACAAUGAAAGGGAUUUGUAUUUUCAUAGAAUCAAAUAAAUGUAGUCAAUGGAGAAA